AAAAGCAGGAAGAGAGCAUCUGAGGAGCAGCAGCCCCGGCGCAUUUUGAAAAACAUUUGUUACAUUUCAGAGUGCGGCAGCCUGUUUCUCCUCUGAAGUUGGCUCCAGCCCUAGCAGCCGCAUUGGAUCCCACAGCCUAUUGCGAGACUCCGGUAUACAAUCCGGAUCUCUGCCCCAACAUGAUCGCGGCCCAGGCCAAGCUGGUGUAUCAUUUGAAUAAAUACUACAAUGAGAAAUGCCAAGCCAGGAAAGCUGCAAUCGCCAAAACGAUCCGCGAAGUCUGCAAAGUGGUGUCGGACGUGCUGAAGGAGGUGGAGGUGCAGGAGCCUCGCUUCAUCAGUUCCUUGAACGAGAUGGACAAUCGCUACGAGGGGCUGGAAGUCAUCUCCCCCACGGAAUUCGAAGUCGUGCUGUAUCUGAACCAAAUGGGGGUUUUCAACUUCGUGGACGACGGCUCCUUGCCGGGCUGCGCUGUGUUAAAGUUAAGCGACGGGCGCAAGAGGAGCAUGUCCCUCUGGGUGGAGUUCAUCACGGCGUCUGGCUACCUCUCCGCUCGCAAAAUCCGGUCCAGAUUCCAGACUCUGGUGGCUCAAGCCGUGGAUAAGUGCAGUUACAGAGACGUGGUAAAGAUGGUGGCGGACACCAGCGAGGUGAAGCUGAGGAUCCGGGAUCGCUACGUCGUGCAGAUCACCCCGGCGUUCAAGUGCACGGGGAUCUGGCCGCGGAGUGCUGCACACUGGCCGCUUCCCCACAUCCCCUGGCCGGGACCCAACCGGGUGGCGGAGGUCAAGGCGGAAGGCUUCAACCUCUUGUCCAAGGAGUGCCACUCUCUGGCCGGCAAGCAGAGCUCGGCCGAGAGCGAUGCCUGGGUGCUGCAGUUCGCGGAAGCUGAGAACAGACUGCAGAUGGGCGGCUGCAGGAAGAAAUGCCUCUCCAUCCUCAAAACCUUACGGGACCGUCACCUAGAGCUGCCGGGCCAGCCCCUGAAUAAUUAUCACAUGAAGACUCUGGUUUCCUACGAGUGCGAAAAGCAUCCCCGCGAAUCGGACUGGGACGAGUCGUGCCUGGGGGACCGGCUCAACGGGAUUUUACUGCAGCUCAUCUCGUGCCUCCAGUGCAGGAGGUGCCCGCACUACUUCUUGCCCAACUUAGACCUCUUUCAGGGCAAACCUCACUCGGCCCUGGAAAACGCGGCCAAACAAACGUGGCGACUGGCUAGGGAAAUACUUACCAACCCGAAAAGUUUGGAGAAACUUUAGAGGGUAACUAUAAAACCGGCCUGACCGAUAAAUCUGCUAUAUUCCCCACGAAGUUUAAGAUGCUUGUUUGAAAAGUCAUAUAUCUCCACUUGACAAUGCAAAUAAUAUUCUCUUUUUAAAAAAAGGAAUAUAGCUUAGGCUCUUCACAAAGAAAAGCAAAUGAGAACAGCAAGCAUCGUUCCUCCUCGUCACAGUUUUGCAGUUCCCCGUGGGGGAAAAACAAUAAGAAAAAAAAGAAAAAAAAUUAAAAAGAAAGGAAGAAAUGAAAGUGUGCUACUUGGAAAGGAAAAUUGGCCGUAAUUUGAUUGUGACCAUUCUGCCUAAAAACGGUACCAACGGAUUAUAACAAACCCCGGUAUUUUUAUGUAAACCUUCUGUGAGUAAAAGCUAUUUGGAUAUGCCACCUGAACAAAUCCUAAUGUACCUUUUAAUUUGUAUCAAAUAUUGUGAUCUCACAUUGUCUUUGAAAUUGUGGAUGUUGGUGUUUUGUGAUUUGGUGAACAGAAGUUAAAUUGCCAUUUUGGAUACUUCAAGGACAUUUUCUGCUAAAAAGAAGAUACCAUUUUAAAAGGUAGAUUUUAUCACGGUACUUUUGUUAAUUGUCUUUUGAAGUGUCUGAACUUAACAAGUUUACAUUUUUCGUUUCAUAUAUAUUGCUUGUUCUAUUUCUAACAUUCCAUAAAUAUACUUGAAAUGUUAUUUAAAUAUAUUCAAAAGAAAUUUGGAUUCUGCUUAUAUAAUAACGCUUGAAUAUUGGAAUUAUAUAUUUGAAAAUGCACUUGAAAUACACUGGAUAAUUACUUUUUGUGAUUUAGAUUUUAAUUUCUGUUGCUGAUUUAUUUAAUUACAAGCUAAUAAAUGAAGUAAAAUGCAUUUGGGUAAGCGUUUCAAUAUCGGAUCAAGUUGUCCACUUGAAAAACAGAGGCAGCUAUGUUUUGUGAAUUUUGCCGUUCUGUGGAUAGUUGCUUAAAUCCUGUAAAGCAGAAAACUUAAGGGCAGACUCCUGACUUUGCAUUUUGAAUAGUUUUGUAGAAUAGGGAAAUAUUGGUUGUACAAACAUAUUGGAGUUUAGCUCCAGAUCACCAUCAGCAACUGUCAGACACCAGCAUACUUAUUAAUAUGGUUACACUUUUUCAGCCGUCAGGAAAGAAGUCUGUUUUGAAGGGUUUAUUACAUGGUGCUGUUGUGUUUCUGCCGGCUUUUGAACAAAGCUGAGGAAACACAACGUAUCUGUGAAGCAGUGUUUUGAAUAAGCAGUGAUCCUGACAAAACUAGCAAUUUGGUGCAGAUACUAAUAAAGCAGAAAAUAAAAUUUAUAGGUGAGAGCCAGCAGCAAUAAAGUGAACAACAAUAUUACUUCUGACCUACAAAUCCGUUACGAAUGUGAUAAGAUUGCCAGUUGCACUCCCAGAAAUCAAGACCCUGAGCUCCCAGGGCACUCAGAGGUAAUAACAUGUGCGUGCUCACAAAACUGCACGCAAUCCAAAGCCGCCUGUCUGUACCGCACUGCCCGCUCCCUCUCAGGGUGCAUUUCUUUUAAAUGGCUUUUAAAUCAUAACACAAAUGAACAACGUGGAUUUUGAUUAGUCAGUCAACAAGUGCUGAAAGAGGCCGAUGCCCGUGUGACACCCACCAGCAGCUAUUUCCAGCGGGUGCACUUUAGGGAAACUGUUAUACCCAGAGGUUCUGACAGAAACCUUUCACCCCAGCACUGCGAAGAAAGUUCCGAGUUUGACAAAUUAUUCGCCAAAGAGAAAUCACUUCAUUGCAAACGUAUUCAGAUGAGGAGUUUUCUUGGAAGUUAUUUAUAAUAUUUCUGCAUGAAAAAACCUCAAACCUUAAGGUCUUUGUAAAAGUAGCUCCCCUAUUUCCUCUCUUCCAACAUUUUCCAGAGCAAUAGCAAAGAAAGCAAGAGCGAUAAGAAUAAGAAGGGAUGCAGACGAGAGGAGCGCCCCGUUAGACGCGUCCCUUCGUCUGCCCCCUCCUGCCCCGCGUAGCAUCCCCCGCGCCGCUCCCUCGGGGACAAAGCCACGCAAAGGUUUCCGCUCGAGUCACGCACCCCUGCUCUGCUGCGGCUGGGCUGGAGGUUUUCACGGAAGGGAGGGGGAAGGGGGGCGGCGCUGGGGAAUUGGUAGUAGUAAAUGACUUCAGAAAAAAACAGAGCUUUCCCAGGAACCAAGUCUUCGGUACAUGUCUAUUCCCUCCCUCCCCCGUGUUCUUUUUUUCCCUCAGAAAACAAGCAUUAAAUUUCAUUUCAGCUGUUACAAAGUAUUUACAAAAUGCGCCGUCUUUUCUUACGUGAAACUAACGUUUUUGAAAUAACGGGAUUCUCCGAUAACCUCGGAAGGCGUAAAACCCUCCUGUGUGUCUCGGGAAGGCUGCGGGCUAGGACUGCUGCUCCCUCCAGGGAUUUCAGAGCAAUUGGCUUAACUACUAAAUCUGACCACGUUCA